UCCACCUGUGGCUCGACAGACGCUCCAGGCCCGUCCAGGCGAUGUCUGACCCAUCCCAGCAGCUUGCUCCUGGGGCCCCAGAAGGGGGAGCCCCUGGAGGGCCACGCCCCGGGCAGCCCUCCAACACCAGUAGCAACCGUCGGCUGCAGCAGACAGAGGCUGAAGUAGAAGAGGUGGUUGGCAUAAUACGUGUAAAUGUAGACAAAGUGCUGGAACGAGACCAGAGACUGUCAGAGCUAGAUGACCGGGCAGAUGCACUUCAGGCUGGUGCCUCAGUGUUUGAAAGUAGUGCAGCAAAACUCAAAAGAAAGUACUGGUGGAAGAAUUGCAAGAUGAUGAUCAUGAUGGGAGUGAUUUGUGCCAUUGUGGUGGUGGUGAUUGUAAGUCUUCCAGCAGCACCAUCUCCCUUCCCAAAGAAGGGAUCUCCCACACUUCUAGGGUAAUGGUAUGUUUUACAUAAUGGCAAAAGGGAUUGGGAAGCCAUCCCUGUAGAACUGGGAACUUCUGCCUGCCAGGUCAGAUUACUCUCUGAGUGAGAGGGGCAGCUAUCUUGGAGUGGGUGGGUUGAUGAGUCCCUUGGUGGGGGCUUUGGAGGUCUCUAGGUAACUGGGGGACCCUUUGUGUAACUUGCCCUUUUGUUCUCUCCUUUUUUUUUUUUCUAUUACUUUGUUUCCAGUCUACUUUUUCACUUGAAUGUAGCCCCUUCAGUCUGCCACUGUCCCCUGUCACCUUGCCUGUUUCUUCUUACCUCAAUCUUUCCUUUCCUUCCCUUCCACCUAGCUUCUUCAUUGAUUACUGGUUUUGAUUUAUCUUCUGGAUAAGAUUCUGAAGUGGUCUCCUGAACAUGGGUUAGACUCUUCAACAGCUGCUGCAGCUCUAAGGAAGGUUAUUUGAACUUAAGAGGAAAGGGAAGUUGAAGAGGAUUGGGUAGCUAUUAUUCCUGCACUUCUGUAGGGAAUGUGUGGUUUGUUUUGGAUGUGAGCUUGUCAAAUAGUGCCUCUGGCAAUAUAAGAAUGCCUUAAAGUAGUGCCUUGGGGAGAUGAAGCUUUUGAGCAUAUGAGAUUCUUCAGCAUUCUGCCUAACAAGUGUGGCAGCAUGACUUAAGCUCUUCAUUUAGCUUCUGAAAUAAAAGGUAGUUUGUUAAUGUGUGAUCUGCGUGGCUUAAACAGUCAUUUAGAUAAAAUUGCCAUGAAGAGGUGAGCACUUCUAGAAAUGAUUUUAACUUACCUGCCCUUUGGUUAAGAUGAUGUGCUCUCUUAAAAUGGCCAUCUUGGUGAUUAUAUAGAAGACCUGUGUGAUUUCCUCAGUCAGGUAUAAUAACUAAAUGCAAAGUAGAUAGCAGUAGAACUUGUUUCAGUUAAAAGGCAUGUAUGGGAGUAAAAAAUCUCCUGACAGAAAAAACAAAAGGAUAAGAGUAAGGAAUAUGGUGGGGGAGAGGGUCAAAAAUGCUCCUUUCAUCUAUGCAGACAUAAAAAGCCACAGAAUCUUGGCUUACUAUCUUCUGGCUUUCUGGCAAAGUUUGGAAUGGGGUGGAACAGGAGUGGGCAUAGGAGUUUUCGUUUAGUGUUGAAUGUCCAAGAAAGUCCCUUAUGUGAUAGGUGGAGGUGAAGGAGGCUUAGCAGAGUUUUAGAUGAGAUUGAAAAAGCCACUUGAGAAUGCCUGCUCUGUUGCUCUUACCCCAAAGCCCUAACUUUCAGCUGGAGUUAUAGAAAAAUAAGAACAGCUUAUUAAGAACCUUCAAAGGGAAGUGCUGUUCUGGGCAUGUGCAUUGCGAAGUGAUAACAGAUGCCCCUGUGUGGUAGAUACGUCUGGCUUAUUAAAACUGAAAUCUUCCUACUUGCUAUAGACUUUCUCGGACUUGAGUCCAUGGUGGUCUCUGCUAGAAGUUAACUUAGCACAUGGAACUCAGUGGCUUCCUGCAAGCAAUCCUCAUCUUGUUCUCCUUUGGAAUGAACAAGAAUUGUGAAUUAUUUAAAUACAUUGUCAAAACUAGGGUUAAACGAGCUGCUCUGUUCAUCAGUUUCUGCAGUCUUUUGAGGUGUAUACUACUUCAGUUUUUUCAAGCCGAACUGAAGCCUGUAAUCUAGCCCAGAGAGAGGGCUCUGAUUUAGGAUGUUCUAUCUCAGAUCUAGGAUGCACUGGUAUCUGCCUAGGCUUAAGGAGGUGUGAGGAGGCAGAGAAGAACAUGACUGGAGCUUCCAAGUGGAAGAAAUAAGA